AUGAUUGACGUUGUGAAAUGGUGCCUGAAAAUUUCAUAUUUUUACGGACGCUUAACCGGAGUUCUAAACUUCGAAAUUGAUUUUAAGACGGGCAAAACUUUGGCCAACACGAGAAAUACAAUGUGUGCAGCUUGUACGCACUUCGUUUUGUUCGGUUCAAUGGUUUACAAUUUUAAACCAAGAGAGAUGAAAAGAAUGUGGACUUAUGCGAAUUCCCUUCACGAAUACGUGUUUAUGGUUUUAGCGUUCAUUCGGAUUAUAUGUGUUUCUCUGGCUUUGAUGAGCCGUUGGUCUCAGCGUCGGAGAUUUAUGCGGCUUUUUAACUCGUUCCGCCUUCUUUUUCUAUACAAUCCGAGAAUAAUGCAGAACUGCCGAAGAAGUAUUCUAAGCAAAUGCUUUUGUGUCACAAUGGCCGAGAUCCUACAGCUUUUUGUCGUUCUUACCAUGAUGCGAAAUACGCUAACUAUUUGGUUAGCUUUACGCAUUUGGGGAAUCUUGUGCCUGACAGCAAUAGUAAAUGUGAUCAUAACGCAGUAUUUUAUUGCAAUGGCAACAAUUCGAGGGCGAUACAGUCUCCUAAAUUACGAAUUAAAUGCGGUUGUAUCCGAAACAUUAACGCUAAUACCCAACGGAAGUGGAGUAUUUAUGACGAGAUGCUGUACCCUCGCCGAUCGCCUGGAAAAAAUUGCCCGCAACCAAUCUAAUUUACAAAAGCUAAUCAACAAAUUGACAAAAGCAUACCAAGGUCAAGUUCUUUGCUUGAUAAUCGCAUACUAUUUAAAUUUGGUUGGAAGUAUUUACAUUUUGUUCAGUAUACGCAAAUACGGCGGCUUAACGGAUGAUUGGCCAAUUUAUGUCACUGUUUGCAGCGUUUCUUGUUUAUUUUUUGUCUACCUCGAUUGUGGCCUCAACUGUUUUAACGUAUUUUACUUGUUGGACGACCACGAUAAGAUGGUGAAAUUGCUGGAUCAGCGAACUCGCUUUCAACCUGGUUUAGAUCACAGAUUGGAAGCGGUUUUUGAGAGCUUUGUUGUAAGCCUGGCGAGAAAUCCACUUAAGCUACGAUUUUUUGACGCCUUCGAAAUCGACCGUACAUCAUCGUUUGCUAUCGGUACCUCCAUACUAACUCACUCUAUACUACUGAUCCAAUAUGAUAUGGCACAUUACUAA